CCAGAAAGAGAGAGAGGCCAUUAUUAGUUCCGAUCAAAUGGAGCGAAGAAUGUUAGAAGCAGCUCGGAAGGGCAAUGUCCAUGAGCUGGAAGACUUGAUCAGCAGCAAUGAGCUCAUCCUCGAGGAGAUGGAUCUUGAAGGAGCCGGUCACACGCCGCUGCAUGUCGCCUGUGUGGCUGGCCAUUUAGAUUUUGUCCGAGAGCUCCUAAAGCAUAUGCCGAAGCUAGCGGAAAAGGUGAACGCUGAUGGUUUCAGCCCGCUGCACAUCGCGGCGGCUCGAGGUGAUGUCGAGAUUGUGAGGGAGCUCUUGACAGUGAAACCACACCUGUGCACCGUGAAGGGACGGGAGAGAAAAAUCGCUUUGCAUUAUGCCACCACGAACGGGAAGGCCGAUGUCAUGAAGGUAUUGCUCGCCGCUUCGCCUGAGUCUGUUGAAGACACGACUGCCCGAGAGGAGACCGCGCUUCACCUCGCUGUGAAGAACAACCGGUUCGACGCAGUGGUUGUGUUGGUGGACCAUCUGAAGCAACACAAGAAGGAGCAGGUGAUCAACUGGAAGGACCACAAAGGCAACACUACCUUGCAUCUUGCUGCUGCUGGCAAAAAUUUCGAGGCAAGUUUCGCAAUUCCCUUAUUUUAA